CUACAGUCUAAUAACAUGGUAUCUUUCUCAAUCAAGAUAAUUAUUUCAGGUCCUCUGGCACGACAGGUACUGUCCGAACUAACAGAUGUUGACCUCUCAACAAAGGCUUUCCCCUUCUUCUCAUUUAAAGAGAUAGAUGUAGGCCUUACCAACGGCAUUCGAGCUAUGAAUAUUACCCACACUGGAGAGCUUGGAUGGGUGUUAUAUAUUCCCAAUGAGUAUGCUCUACAUGUAUACAGCAAUUUGGUAUCUGUUGGGAAGAAAUAUGACAUGCUUCAUGCUGGCUACUAUGCUAUGCGCUCCUUGAGGAUUGAGAAGUUCUACGCAUUUUUGGGCCAAGACCUGGACUCCACUACAACUCCUCUUGAAUGUGGUCGAGGCUUCAGAGUUAAACUCAGUAAAAAAAUUGACUUCAUAGGCCGAGAGGCCUUAGAGAGGCAGAAGAAGGAAGGCGUCCGAAGAUUAUAUGUACAAUUGCAACUCCAAGAUCAUAACCCAGAAGUGGAUCCAUGGGCUUGGGGUGGUGAACCUAUUUAUCGAAAUGAUGUUUUUGUUGGCAUCACGACCACAACUGGGUAUGGCUACACACUAAAUAAUUUGAUUUGUCUGGGCUUUGUGCGAAAGUAUGAUGAAAAUGGUGAAAUGGCAUACGUCACACCUGACUAUGUGAUGGAUGGUGAUUACGAAGUAGACGUUGCUGGAGUACGAUACUCCGCUAGUGUUACUUUACGAUCUCCAUCUCUACCUUGCAAAUUCCCUGAGCCUCAAGAUAAUAGAUACCUGGCAACACAAACAUAAAAAAAUGUACCGUUAGUUCAAAGGGCCGCCACCAAGAUGGGUCGUCCUAAGAUUAGCAACACUCAGC